AUGUUUAAUGAUCGGAUUACCAGUGGUCCAUCUGGACUGCAGUCAACGACAGCGUCGUCGGAUCCUUUCGGAGAGGAUAAAUUGUGCGCGGUUUGUUCAGAUAGAGCUGUUUGUCAACACUACGGUGCAAGGACUUGUGAAGGUUGUAAAGGCUUUUUCAAGCGUACUGUACAAAAGAAGGCGCAGUACGUGUGCACCGGCAAUAAAAAUUGCACAAUUGAUAAACGUUUUCGAAGUCGAUGUCAGUACUGUAGGUUUCAAAAGUGUAUUGCCGUCGGAAUGGUCAAAGAAGGUAAAUUGUGA